UUGAUUCUCUGCUAAUGGAUGAACCUCCUCACUCUGUCUGCAGAAUGGCUGGAGUGGAUGAAAACUACACCCAUGUAUCAGAGUUCUUCAUUGUGGGCUUUCCAAGCCUCCAGCUGGAGUAUUUCCAGGUGGUGGCAUCGUUCUUCUUCAUCUUAUACGUGACCACAGUGGUGGGAAACCUGAUUUUGGUGGUGAUGUUCACUUUGGAGCACAACCUGCAGAAGCCCAUGUAUAUCAUCAUGGUCAGCCUGGCUCUCUCCGACAUAGGCUUCUCUACUGUAGCUUUACCAAAGCUCAUUGCUCGCUACUGGUGGAAUGAUGGGAGUAUUGGUUUUUACACGUGCCACUUCCAAAGACACAUGAUCCAUUAUUUUGGCAGCUUGAACUCCCUGAUUUUGCUGACUAUGGCUGUGGACCGAUACCUGGCCAUCUGUUUUCCUCUCAGGUUGGAAAACAUCAGCUGUAAGAAUUUUCUAUCUAGAAGGACAGAAAUCACACCGCUCUGUCCCUUUUUCCCCUCCCACUCUUCUCUUUGCAGAUACCCCAUGAUGAUGACAAUCCAGACCAUGACGGUACUGACUGUCUUAUGCUGGGCUGUGGCUCACAUCUUCCCUGGGAUCACCUCCAUCAGCCUCGCUCAAAUGCCAUUCUGUGGGUCCAAUCAAAUCAUCAAUGCUUUCUGUGACAGCAGGUCUUUAGUCAGUCUAGCAUGUGGGGAAACAAGAGAUCUGUACAACACUAUCUUUAGUGCAGCUAUGGUUGUUCUUUAUGUUCCUUUAGGCUUCAUUGUCUUCUCUUACAUCUUCAUUGUCAUUUCAGUUUCACGCAUGGUCAAUGGGCAGGGCAGAAAGAAGACCUUUUCUACCUGCGCCACUCAAGGUUUCAUCAUCGCUAUCUACUAUGUUCCUCGUUUCUUUGUCUACGCUGCACCGUACUUCCCUAACUUGAAAAUGACCCCUGACAACCGAAUAGCUAUGACUCUUUUCUAUAGUCUCUUCCCUCCACUGAUAAACCCGUUUGUCUACUGUCUGAGAACAAAGGAGAUCAAGGAAAUAGUCAGGCGCUGGAUCCAGAGACAGAAGGCCAUUAGGCCCAAUCCAGGACAAACUGUUGUCCGUAAAUUACACUCAUAAGAUUUAAUGUAAUAAAUUGUAGUGAUGCACCAAUAUGACAUUUUUGGGUCAAUACCAAUCUCCGAUAUUAAGAUCAUUGUUAUCGCCAAUAACCGAUAUUUGCUGAUAUCGAUAUACUGACAUUAAUGAUUUUAAAAUCAGCAAUUUUGUAUAAAAUGAAAAUUAUUAAAG